ACCGGCUGCUCCUGCCUUGUGUCUGUGAGCUCCUGUCCCUGCCUGUGCCUCUGUACUCUCAGCCUCUCUGACCAUGAAGACUUCCAGACAGACCACGUACUCCAUGCAAUCCUCCAGCAGCAGCCGGCCGGGGGGCAUGUCUAUCACCCGCACCUCAGCCCCCGUCUACAGGGCCGCCUCCAUCCACGGAGGAGCCGGAGGGUCCCGCAUCAGUGUCAGCUCAGCUGGCACCCUCAGGUCCUCUAUAGGCAGUGGGGCCGGAAUGGGGAUGGGGGGCUUCGCAAGCAGUGUCCAGGUGAGUGGUAGCAGCGCUGACAUCAUGGGCAACGAGAAGUUUGCCAUGCAGAACCUUAACGAUCGCCUGGCCAGCUACCUGGAGACUGUGCGUAAUCUGGAGCAGGCCAAUCAGAAGCUGGAGAUCAAGAUCAAGGAGGCCCUGGCCAAGAGUGGACCAGACUUCAGAGACUACAGCAAGUACCAGGUCAUUCUGGAUGACCUGAGGAAGAAGGUUUUUGAUGCCACCACUGACAAUGCUCGUCUGGUCUUAAGCAUUGACAACGCCCGAUUGGCUGCAGAUGACUUCAGAGUAAAAUAUGAAUCCGAGCUGGCCAUCCGUCAGUCGGUGGAGGCAGACAUCGUAGGUUUGAGGAAGGUGAUCGAUGACACAAACAUGACCCGAAUGAACCUGGAAAGUGAGAUCGAGGGACUGAAGGAGGAGUUGAUCCAUCUCAAGAAGAACCACGAGAACGAGGUGAGAGAGCUACGUAAACAGAUCGCCCAAUCAGGUGUCCACGUUGACGUCGAUGCCCCCAAAGGUCAAGACCUGUCCCAGAUCAUGGCAGAGAUUAGAGCCAAGUAUGAGCAGAUGGCAAAGAAGAACCAAGAAGAGCUCAAAACAUGGCACGAGUCUCAGAUAACAGAGGUGCAGAGCCAGGUGAUGCAGAAUACAGAGGCACUGAAAGGAGCACAGACCGAAGUGAACGACCUCCGCAGACAGGUCCAGACUCUAGAGAUCGAGCUAGAGUCACAGAGGAGCCUGAAAGCAUCUUUGGAAGGCACAUUGCGGGACACAGAGAUGCGCUACAACAUGGAGAUUGAGGCUCUGAACAACGUCAUCUUGGGGCUUGAGGCGGAGCUCACACAGCUGAGGAGCAACAUCCAGGUGCAGACACAGGACUAUGAGGCUCUUCUCAACACCAAGAUGAAGCUGGAGGCUGAAAUCGCCACCUACAGGCGGCUGCUGGAUGGGGAGGACUUCAGCCUUCAAGACGCCCUGCAGGAGAAGACAGUGAAGACCCAAGUGAUGACAGUCACACAAACCCUGGUGGACGGAAAAGUGGUCUCUUCAAGCACAGAGACCAAGCACCUGUAAACAACCCGUCCCACACUUCCUGAAUGCAACAAUAAUUAAUUACAAUUGACCAUUUUUAGUCAUGCAACACUAACUAUCUUCAAGUCUGUAAUGCAACUGGAGCAGAAAACCUAGUCAUCUUUUAUUUAUUUCAUUCCCAUCAUGUCCAUGUAUUUAUGUGUUGACAAAAUGUUUACAAAAUUUGGCACACUUACGUGAAAAUUUGUCCAACAAGUUUAAGAAAUUGUGAACAAAACUAUUUUUCAUGUUUUUGGUUUUCUGUCCAUUCAGUUCCGUCUUCAUGUUUCAUAUCAUUAAAGUCAACUGUCUUUA